AUGAGAUGCCCUCUGGGGGGCUGGGUGGGGAGCCUAUAGGACCGGCGCGCCAAAACCCAGCCGGGUGACGUCAUCGCUCUGCGCCGCUGCGGGAGGAAAGCCCCCGAGCGGCGCCUGCAGGAAGGGGCAGGGCGGUUAGCCGGUUUCCUGGCGACGCGGCUGUGUUGGCGGCUUCUUUCCCUGCAAUUUGUGCUUUUUCUUCUUGACGUGUGUGUGUUGGCCAUGCCUUCCCUGCUCUCAACCCCCAAGCUGGUUCCCGUUAUACCAAGACUCCGCUGCCUCUCAGGAUGCAUGUCAUGUUUACAUCGAAGGUACUCCCUCCAGCCUGUGCCGAAGAAGAUUCCAAACCGGUAUUUAGGUCAACCCAGCCCAGUUACACAUCCACACCUCCUCAGACCAGGGGAGGUGACACCAGGACUAUCUCAGGUGGAAUAUGCACUUCGAAGACACAAAUUGAUGGAUCUGAUCCACAAGGAAGCACAAGGGCACAGUGGAACAGACCACACAGUGGUGGUACUCUCUAACCCUACAUACUACAUGAGCAAUGACAUCCCCUACAUAUUCCACCAAGACAACAAUUUCCUGUAUCUGUGUGGAUUCCAAGAACCUGAUAGCAUUCUGGUCCUUCAGAGCUGCUCUGGGAAGCAGUUACCAUCCCAUAAGGCCAUGCUUUUUGUGCCUCGAAGAGACCCUGGUCGAGAACUGUGGGACGGUCCUCGGUCUGGCACAGAUGGAGCAAUAGCCCUAACUGGGGUGGAUGAAGCCUACACCCUGGAAGAAUUUCAACACCUAGUACCUAAACUGAAAGCUGAGACGAGCAUGGUUUGGUAUGACUGGAUGAAGCCUUCUCAUGCACAGCUUCACUCUGACUACAUGCAGCAUCUAACUAAAGCCAAAGCCAGGAGCAAGAACAAGGUUCGGAGUGUCCAGCAGCUGAUACAGCGCCUCCGGCUAGUUAAAUCUCCUGCAGAGAUUAAGAGAAUGCAAAUUGCUGGGAAACUGACAUCAGAGGCAUUCAUAGAAACCAUGUUUGCCAGUAAAGCGCCAACAGAUGAAGCCUUUCUUUAUGCAAAGUUUGAAUUUGAAUGCCGGGCCCGAGGUGCGAACAUCUUAGCCUACCCGCCUGUGGUUGCAGGUGGUAAUCGCUCCAACACUUUGCACUAUGUGAAGAACAAUCAGCUCAUCAAGGAUGGUGAAAUGGUGCUUCUUGAUGGAGGUUGUGAAUCUUCCUGUUAUGUGAGUGACAUCACCCGGACAUGGCCUGUCAAUGGCAGAUUCACCGCACCUCAGGCAGAGCUCUACGAAGCUGUCCUAGAGAUCCAGAGAGCGUGUUUAACAUUGUGCACCCCUGGGACAAGCUUGGAGAACAUCUACAGCAUGAUGAUAACACUGAUGGGACAGAGGCUUAAAGAUCUGGGGAUCCUGAAGAGCAGCAACGAAAGCGCCUUCAAGGCUGCUCGGAAAUACUGCCCUCAUCAUGUUGGCCAUUACCUUGGAAUGGAUGUCCAUGACACUCCAGACAUGCCUCGUUCACUCCCUCUGCAGCCUGGUAUGGUGAUCACAAUUGAACCAGGCAUUUAUAUUCCAGAAGAUGACAGAGAUGCGCCAGAGAAGUUUCGAGGUCUCGGAGUACGGAUUGAGGAUGAUGUAGUGGUGACUCAGGACUCACCUCUUAUCCUCUCUGCAGACUGUCCCAGAGAGAUGAGUGACAUUGAACGUGUCUGCAGCAGGACCUCCUGACUACCACUGUGGCUGUUACCUCUCAGAUCCUAGACUGGCAUCUGUGCCUAUGCAUGUAGUCAGUGUCUGUGGAGGGUUAGACACAGGUUCCGUGGGGAGUGCAUAGCUCUGUGAGUGGAUGUCCCUGUAUAUGAGGACAUUUUCAUGUUAAGCAGAUGUAAAUCUUGAACAAUCUGUUACUAGGACUUUAGCAACAUUAAUCUGGAAAAUUAAUGACCCAGAGGGGUUUUUUGUUUUGU